UUGUGUCCCAUAUGUGGAAAAAAAGCAUAACCGUGCACACACGGGUCUGGUCUGCUCCAGGGAUUAUCCGAGUGCUUUCAGAUCUGAUGGAGGACAUGCAGGCAUGAAUAGGGCCGUUCUGUCGUCAGCGCCAGCUCACGCCGGUGAUGGACUACAGCCGGACGGGCGCUAACCUUAGCCGGCAUUCCCAGAGCAGCAUUCCUCCUUACUGAGACCAGCUCCACAGAAUGCUGAGUCCCAUUGUCCCCUAUAGCUUGUUAAAGAUGCACUGGAACCCAGAGCAUGCCCAGCCCCUCAGCCAGUGGCCUGAGCAGCACCUGGAUGUCUCCUCUACCACCUCCUCCCCGGCGCACAAGUCGGACCUCUACUCCGGCCGCACCCGCAGCUCCUACAACUACGCCUGGGCCAACGACGACAUCUCCGCCCUCACGGCCUCCAACCUGCUGAAGCGCUACGCCGAGAAGUACGCUGGCGUGCUGGACUCGCCGUACGACCGGCCCCCCGCCGUCGGAGCCUACCCGGAGCCGGGAGCCUUCGCGGGUCUCAACGGCCAGAAGGCGGAGCUGGAGCCCUGGACACUGAGCCACAGCGCCGACGCGUCCUAUCCCCUGGUGCCCCCUGGAGGCCACGACGGCCUCCCGGGCUCUAAGACUGCGGCCACCUCCGCGGGCCCGCCGGGGGUGAGCAGCGUGUCGGUGGUGAACAGUAACCUCUCGGACUCCGGGUACAGCGGCAGCAGCUCCUGCAGCGGUUCCAGCGAGUACACCAGCUACAAUGGCACCUAUCUCACCUCAGGGUUCGUUCCGCAGCCGAGCGCAGCACUUCCCCCCGCCUCCCUGCACUCUCUCCAGUCCACCCCGACUUUAGUGCCCAGCUACAGCCCCACCAACCCCGUCUACAACUACCCCCCGAGCACAUACCCUCCCCAGACCAGCCUCGCCACCAGCUACAGCCAUCCUUCUGCCACCUACCUGCCCUCGGGUCUGGCAGCCCCGACCGCCGUUCCCUCCCGGCCCACCGUGGUCGGAGGCAGCUACAGUUACCAGAGCACAGAGUCUGGAGGGACGUUGAAGAGAAAAGCGUUUGAGAUGAGUGUAGAGGAGGACGAGAGCGGGGACCGGUCUCGCUACAGGAAGUAUGGCUACGAUCCCUUAAAGGCGGGCGGCACCUCCCCUUACAGCGUGAGCGACAAAACGGAGUGCCGGGGGAACGGCUUCAGCGGCCCAGUCAGCACAGACCCUCAAACCUUCAAGGCCAGCAAGCCCUCCUCGCAGCCCCUGGUGUCCCCUCAGUUUGGGGCGACGGGGGAGUACAGCCCUCCAGCAGGCAUGACGGGGGAGAAUGGAGUCGGGGAGCAGGGCUUCACCCAGCAGCAGCUCCGCUCUCAGGCCCUCAAAUGCCCCCCGAUAUGUACUCCUGUUGACACUAUGAAGAGCCCGGACCCCCGGAUUCUGGACCACAUCAAUGGAGAGUUAUUAGACUGCAUCCCAGCUCUGGGCUGGGGGGAGCUCGCCGGGCUCACUCACGUCAAGGCCGCCCUGGAGGAGGACCUGCUCUGGCCCGCGUUGAGGCCCAGCCCGGUGAUGCGACCACCAAGAACCGUCCUGCUGUUCGGCCCCAGGGGAGGGGGCAAGACCACACUGACUCGCUCUCUGGCUUCACAGCUGGGGGCUUCCUUCUACCGCCUGAGCGGCGCCAUGCUGGCCUCCAAAGGGAAACCCGAGGCCGAGCACAUCCUGGGCUCUCUGCUGCAGGUGGCGGCAGCGCGGCAGCCCUCCGUGGUGCUGCUCAGCCAGGUGGAGGCCCUGGAGGAGGAGGGGCUGAGGCAGGUACUGCUGACCACCCUGGAGAAAGCCCAGGUGGGAACCACAGGUCUGGUGAUUCUUGUGUGCGCGACUGGAAGGCCCGAUCUGCUGCAAGAUGCGGUCCAUCGGAGCUUCGCCAAGCGGUAUCACGUCGGCCUUCCAGAUGGGAGCAUGCGUAGGCAGGUGUUGCUGCAGGCGCUGUCGCCUCAAGGAUGCAGCCUGAGCGAGCGGGAGCUGAGCGCCGUGCUGCAGCGCACGGAGGGCUUCUCGGUGUGGGAGCUGCUGCAGCUCAGCCAGCAGGCGCUGUCCUCGGCGUCCUCUCCAGCCGGAGCCAUGCACGGCCUGGCCGCCUCGUCCAAACCCCCGGACUUCACAGACUUCGAGAAUGCCUUCUGCAAGGUGCGGCCGCACGCCACCACAAAGGAACUGGACACUUGUAUAGAGUGGAGCAAGAUGUACAGCCACUGAGAAAGCAGCCGGGCCCGGCACUCGGACUGCACUACCACCCCGUCUUUGCUUCGACACAGCGAGCCUUGGGAAUGUGUUGUAAUUACAGAAUAUGCAGCCAAAAGAGCCAGAGAAGCUUAACGAAACAGGAGAGCUGACGAAGGUCUUUUUCACUGGCGAAAAGCAUGCCACGGUGUGCUGUUUUUGUUUUGCUACGAACACCCACACUAUUGUUUUUCCCAAAGAAGAGCGCGAUGAAUAGGCCUUGCAGAGUGAGGCAGUGCAUUAGUGGUUUGGCCAAUGGGAAAAUCAGAUAGCUAUUGGGAUACUCUCAGAGAUCCUGAUUAGCCUUGGUCCAGGACAAAAUCAAUUAUUUGUUGCUAGGUGACGUGGUCCAAGAUUAUGGAUAAUCAGGGUUUGGAAAAUCCCCCCUUUGGCUGCUACUCUCAGGAUCCUAUUUAUUACCAGUCCUCUCUCAUGUUAUCCUCACGUUGGUUUGCUCAUUGGAUUGCCACUAAUCAUUCAGCUCAAAGGGCUCCGGAUCAGCAGCGUCUCAGCUAACCACAGUUUUUGACCAAAAAAAAAAUUGUCAAACCAAAUACAGAAGCACUGUUGGAGUCGUGAAAACGGACCGGUCCUCAAAAUCAUGAUUAUAUUAUUGUUCUUGAUAGCUUGUUACCAAAUCGAGACGCAGCAAAGAGCAAAAACGCAAACCUGCACAGCUCGGGAGUCCGCUUUGUCUCCACCUGUAGAAACGCUUUCUCCACGCUCUCACCUCACACGAUACACCGAUAACCUCCUUUAAUAAUCUUUUAUUAUUCACAUUCCACACGAACCGCAGAGGAUCCCGCCGACGGAUCCGGUCUUCACCCUCGUGCACAUCCAGCUCCCACAGCAUGUCCGUUCCCCCCCCCCCACCGUUCCACCGCACCGCCUCCUUUUUUGUUUUCAUAGUAUGUAGUCUUGUUUGAAAUGCUCAGGAAGAAUUUCUUUACCUCAGAAAUAUGAAAUAAAGAAUGUAUGUAAUCUUAGGGUCUUAGUAGAGAGUUGCGCAGAGCGAGAUAUAGAAGCGAGGAGAAACCUGACAGUCUUGUAACACCCGCUGCAGCUGGGCUUUUACCUCGGAGAGAAACUUGAAUAUGCUACAAAGAGUAACAUUGAAUGUAAUUCAGGUAUUUCAAAGGAUAUUUGAUGCCAUAAAUCCAUGUAUUAUUAUAUAUGAAUAUAUAAAUAAGUUUUUUUUUCUGUUCUUUUACCCUUUAUUUUUAUUGUAGUUUAUGGUGGAGUGAUGAUUGUCUUCAAGAAAUGCUUUGUAGAAAACAGAAAAUAUUCCUCUUUUGUUGGACAAACUGCUUGCAAAACCUCUGUAUAAUGUGGUGUUUACAUAUCCUGUAUAUGCAUGUCUGGUCUUUAUAUUUUUUACUGCUGCAAGAAUAUCAUUUGAGAAAAUGUAAAUAAUACACACUUACACAAUCGCACACACACAUGCACUCACUGUGGAUAUUUGAGCACAAAAUACAACAACAACAAAAGUUGGCAGAAGUUUUCACGUGUAGCUUUGAACAAACUCCCAGAGUCCCGGCCGAUGUGUACAUAUUGUGGAUGAACCCAACAUGUAGACAAUCC